AUGAGCGAAGUAAUAGUUACAUUUCGAAACAUGAAAGACAAAGACUUUGUCACACCGCCUAUGCAGGUGCCUGAAGACUUCACAGACGCACAGAUGGAGCAGUUUCUUAACGCAUUCCUCAGCCACGACAAGUCGUAUGCUUUUUUCUACAACGGAGAGCAGAUCCAGAAGAUUCCUUCUGCAGAAAAAGAGCAGACCAUCGAGAUAGAGUUCAUUGCAGUGACGAAAAUUCUAUCAGAGAGCGCAAAAAUAGACGUGAACACGCCAAUUACCUCCAUCUCCAUUCGAAGGAAUCCUGAAAUCCACAUAGACACCGUGGUGAUAUGCAACACUGCAGGAGACACCAAGGAGUACUCGCUCGCCCCUGGGCUUGAGCUCAUCAAAGAGUUCAACUCGUUCAAGCCCAUACGCGCAGUUACUUCAACAGAAAGCGGUAUAUACGUGCUAACAACCACGAAUAAGGUAGUUGACAUCUCAAAAGCAGAGAUAAUCUUUGAAUCUGAGCAGCCAAUUCGGACAAUAAGCAACUGCCAAGAGUAUUUGGCGAUUGGCCUUUCGACAGAUGAGCUUGUCAUUCUAAAGGACAACGAAGAGGUCAAGAGAAUUAAAACCUCGGGAGAAAUAGGAAAAACAAUUUUCAGAGAAAUAGAAGGAGAACUCGUGCUUAUUGCAGCAAUAGUAGUUGGAGUGAUAGAAGUGUACAGGGGCACAGAAUGGAGCAAAACAUCGUACAAACUGCCCACGCCCAUUACAGCAGCUGGAUUUGAAGAUGGCAAGGUGUAUGCCGGAGGACUGGGAGGUACUAUUUUCAUCUGCAGCUUAGAGGGCAUAGAGAAGCAGUACCAGUCGGAUGUUGACUUUAUUUCUCGCAUAGAGUGUGGUACAGUCUUUUUUGGCUACACAAACAAGAACAACAUUCUGAUAAGAGAUAAAGAAAACUACACGGGAACACACAAGAUAGAGCUUGGCGCGCCUGUGGCAGAUAUGAAGAUCUCGGGAAAACGGCUUUUUGUUGCCGAGGGGAACAGUUUGAAAAUAUUUAACAUCUUUGAUGAAUAA